UUCAGUCACGAACUAGUGCCGCCUUGCGCCUCUCGUGUUUACAAAAAAACGAAAAUCAGUUCUCUUCAACACGACGCGUCCUUCCUUUGACUCGUUCACAGACUUGCCGUUCGUAAACUUCAUACUUUUGAAACAAACAAACAAACAAAAUGUUAUUUUUCAACACGGUUGGCGUUAUGUUUUAGGGCCGUACGGAUAAACAUUCGUUUAGUGAGUAUAGCACAACUCCUCUUGUUCUAUUUAUUCAAAACAAACGUGGACGGUGAUGACUUAACUUUUAAUGGUCUACAUAUUAUAGAGUUUUUUUUUAUUUGUUCUUCAUGCGUAAAUAGGGAUUUCUCGGGGCUUUCUUUACUUCAUCGUGAAACUUUGGCCCGUUAUACGUCAAGUAACGACGUUGUAGAUGAUGUGCAGCGCAGGCUCUUUAUCGGGCACAUUCGAAGGGCGGCCCGGCCUUGUGAACGAGGUCAAUUGCUGAUUGACGCAAAAGCCGUACGACGGGCACGUUUGUGUCCACAAUCUUGACCAGACUAUUUCGAAAAAAAAAAUAAAAGACUUUUGUCCUUUGGCCGUUUGCCUGUGAAACGUGCGACUGUAUCUCUCUCCCUUUUUUUGUUUCGCCCCCCCCCCCCCCCGCUUCGGUCGUUCAAAAACGAGGGACGAAGACGAGCAACAACUGAUGAAAACGGGUGGUUUUUUUCUUAAAGUGACAAGGCGGUAGCAGCUGAUCGCAACGGUUUGUGAGAGGGGUGAUGUGUUGUUAGUUUCGGAUGGCGACAUAGCUCCACUUGCGCGCUAAAUUGACAGCGACAAGUUCCAACAUCGCUUCCGGAUUUCCACAGGGAUAAAAAUAAAAUAUAAUAUAACAAAAAAAAAAAAAAGGCAAGUGUCACCAGACAUCAAGAUGAAUUGUCACAGGGCUCUCUACCCCCUGUUGAGCGUCGUUUUCAUGGCUGGAUUAGCUGGUGUGGCGUGCAUCCGCGUCUCGCAUCUGAUCGUGCCCGCACAAGUCGGCCGCGGCCACGACGCUCAAUUGCAUUGCCAUUUCAAUCUCGGUGGCAACAUCCUUUACUCAGUCAAAUGGUUUAAAGGGUCUCGUGAGUUCUUCCGCAUCGGUCCCGACGGUACCCGACCUCAAGUCUUCCCUCAUCUUUCCAACAUGACUGUUGACAUCCAGCGCUCCAAUGUCUCGAGUGUCUACCUCAGGAACAUCCAGAGAAGCAACGCCGGAACGUACAGAUGUGAGGUAUCCUGCGAAGGGCCCCACUUUGAGACGGAUUUCAGAGAAGCCAACAUGUCGGUCAUUGAUUUGCCACUGCAAGGGCCCAUCAUUAUCAACGUGCAGACGAGCUACUUACCAGGAGAGCGGGUCGCGUUAAACUGCACCUCAGCUCCUUCGAAGCCAAUGGCGAUUCUUCAGUGGAGUAUCGACGGGGAACAAGUGGGCGAACCGUACGUCAAACGAUACAUUGACGGUUCGAUUCCGACGUUAGCGACCCAAUCAUCUGAGCCGAAUAGCAGACAAUCCACAUGGCAAAACGGCCGAGAAAACGAUGGCGAAUUGGCGGAGGAUAACGUCGCAACGGUCGGUUUGGAAUUUGUCGUCGAUCUGCCGAAGCAAAUCUCGGCUGGAGCGUUCGCCACGAGGCGGGUCUCAUGCACGGCCCUAGUGGGAGACAUUUAUCAAAGCGUUACAUACGCAAAUCUGUCGAUCGUAGACGGACGAUCUGCUAAGGCGAUCGCCACUGCUCGCACUCCGUCUCACCUUCUUCAUUCUGCCAAUGGAAGUUCGGCAAACUGGCCGAGGUCGCAUUCGACUUCCUGGAUCGGUCUUGUGUUUUGUUACAUAUUUUAUCUGAUACGUCAAACAGCGGUCGAUACUACCGCGGCCGUGCCAUAGUGGCACAAUGGUCGUGGCCGUCCUAAUAGCUCCUGUAUAUGCGUUCGGUUCCAUCGGCAUUAUUUAAAAAAUAAAAAAUAAAUUAAAUUUCACGUAAAUUAUAGCCCCCCCCCCCACUCUACUACAAAGCGCAGCAACGCAACGCGUCAGAAAGCUAUAUU